UAUUGCUGAAUAUGAGAAGACCAGAGUCACGCCCACCUUUCAACAACUCACUCGAUUAUUAUUAUCUGAGAUCGCACUCUGUUUCCUCCUCCUUCAGAAAGCUAACAUCAAAUCGAUCUUCUCUUGUUCUUCAUGGACAAAGAAGGCGAAUGUUGCUCGACCCACCUCAUUGAAGGGGAUGGUACGUUUAAUGCGGUUGGACUUGAUAAUUUUAUCAAGCAAGUCAAACUGGGAGAAUGUGGACUUUCUUAUGCUGUUGUUGCUAUCAUGGGUCCACAAAGCAGUGGGAAGAGCACACUUCUAAAUCAUCUUUUUCAUACCAACUUCAGGGAGAUGGAUGCUUUCAGGGGAAGAUCUCAGACUACCAAAGGUAUUUGGAUAGCAAGGUGUGCUGGUAUUGAGCCUUGCACCAUUGUAAUGGAUCUUGAGGGUACCGAUGGCAGAGAGCGAGGAGAGGAUGAUACCGCAUUCGAGAAACAAAGCGCACUUUUUGCACUUGCUGUUUCAGAUAUAGUGCUUAUAAACAUGUGGUGUCAUGAUAUUGGGCGUGAGCAGGCUGCAAAUAAACCCCUUUUAAAAACCGUAUUCCAGGUUAUGUUGCGGUUAUUUAGUCCACGUAAAACAACUUUAAUGUUCGUUAUACGUGAUAAAACGAGGACACCUCUUGAAAAUCUCGAGCCUGUUUUGAGGGAAGAUAUCCAGAAGAUAUGGGAUUCUGUUCCCAAGCCAGAAGCCCACAAAGACACCCCACUGAGUGAAUUUUUUAAUGUUCAAGUUGUUGCACUGUCUAGUUAUGAAGAGAAAGAAGAACAAUUUAAAGAGCAGGUGGCUAGUUUGAGGCAAAAGUUCUUCCAAUCUGUUACACCUGGCGGUCUAGCUGGCGAUAGGCGCGGGGUUGUUCCUGCCUCAGGUUUUUCCUUCAGUGCGCAACAAAUCUGGAAAGUUAUUAAGGAGAACAAAGACCUUGAUUUGCCAGCUCACAAGGUUAUGGUGGCAACCGUACGAUGUGAAGAAAUUGCUAACGAGAAAUAUUCUUCCUUUGUUUCAAAUGAGGAUUGGCUUGAACUAGAAGAGGCUGUGCAAUCUCACCUUGUUCCAGGCUUUGGAAAGAAGCUUAGUUCACUACUAUCCAAGUCUUUAUCCAGUUAUGAUGAAGAGGCUACUUACUUUGAAGAUAGUGUUAGAUCUGCAAAGAAAAGACAAUUGGAAGACAAGUUGCUACAACUUGUUCAACCGGCCUACCAAUUAAUGCUGGAACACAUACGAUCCGAAACUUCGAAUCACUUCAAAAAUGCACUAACAGAUGCUCUAAGUGGAGGACAAGGGUUUGCAGUGGCUGCUCGUGAUUGCACUACAAAGUUCAUGAGUCUGUUUGAUGAACAAUGUCAAGAUGCGGUCAUCAAGCAAGCCAGUUGGGACUCAACUAAAGUAAGGGAUGAUUUUUCACGUGAUUUAGAUUCACAUAUUGCUCAAGUUCGCACUGCUAAACUAUCAGAACACACUGCACUAUAUGAGUCCAAAGUGAGAGAGGCACUACAUGGUCCGGUGGAAGCUCUUCUAGAAGGAGCUAAUGAUGAUACUUGGCCUGCUAUAAGGAAGCUUUUUUACCGUGAAACCGAAUCAGCCGUCUCUGAGUUCUCAUUUACACUUUGUGGUUUUGAAAUGGAUGAACAAGAAAAGGAAGAUAUGAUUUCAAAGCUGAAGAAUUUUGCAAGAGGAUUAGUUGAAGGGAAGACAAGAGAAGAAGCCGCCAAAGUUUUGUACCACAUGAAAGAAAGAUUUACAUCCAUUUUCAAUCAUGACAAUGACUCAAUGCCACGAGUCUGGACUGGAAAGGAAGAUAUCCGAACAAUAACAAAGACUGCCCGGUCUUCUUCUUUAAAGUUACUCUCUGUAUUGGCUGCAAUUCGUUUGGAUGAAGAAACAGAUGCAAUUGGGAAUACACUUAUCCUGACAUUAGUGGAUUCUAAAAAAGACACUACCGCUGCUGACCCGUUGGCCUCAAGCACAUGGGAAGAGGUUCCAUCUGCAAAGACGCUUAUAACUCCUGUUCAGUGUAAAGCAUUGUGGGCUCAAUUCCAAAGAGAAACCGAGUACACCAUCACUCAAGCUAUUGCUUCCCAAGAAGCGAAUAAGCGCAAUAACAACUGGUUACCACCUCCGUGGGCUAUUGCUGCUAUGGUGAUCCUUGGCUUCAACGAGUUCAUGACUCUUUUGAGAAAUCCGUUGUGGCUUCUCUUUAUAUUUGCUAGUUACUUGCUUCUCAAGGCUUUGUGGGUCCAGCUAGACAUUUCCGGUGAAUUCCGCAAUGGCGCUCUUCCAGGAAUUCUUUCGUUAUCGACCAAGUUUAUUCCAACAGUCACAAAUCUUCUUAGAAAACUAGCAGAAGAAGGUCAAACACCUGUCAACACUGACGCAACAAGAAACAACUCAAAUUCAUCAAGAAUUACUCAAGGGAAUAACAGUGGUUUAUCAUCAACUGCUUCAUCUGAUGUAACUAUGGGAAAUGAAAGGGAAUACACAAGUCCACAAAAAUAACUUCUGGAUUCAUACAAAGCCUGCUUAUUUUGCCGGUCAAAGAUUGGUUUUGAUGUUCAAGAGCGUAUAUGCUUAGAUUUAAAUUUUGAUUUUGCCUACUUGUGUUUUUAGAUGUCAAGCUUAGAAUAAUUUUGUUGUCCAAGCCCGGCCCAGAAUAACCUCAACCUUUAACCGGUUAUCAAAAGUGCAGGGCGUACGUACAAUACCAUCUGUGUUCUUGGUAUGUCUAGUAUUUUGUGUUGGAUUUUGUACACCAAUGACAUGUGUUCUUGGUACGUUACUGUUGUUCAAGUUUGUAUCGGAUUUUGUAUGCGACGGGUAUUUAUGAAUUAUGUUUUUGGUAUGUUUACGACGGAGUAUGUUUAUUG